AUGCAGGCUUCUGUUUCUGUUUUUUUGAGAAGUUCCUGGUUUAAUUCACUCUCCCAUGAUGAACUGUUGUGUCUGGGGCCUAUCCCAGUCCCCCCAGUGCCUUUGGUUGCUGGAGGGAAGAACACAAUGGAUCUGGUGCUAAAAAGAUGCCUUCUUCAUUUGGCUGUGAUAGGUGCUUUGCUGGCUGUGGGGGCUACAAAAGGACCCAGAAACCAGGACUGGCUUGGUGUCUCAAGGCAACUCAGAACCAAAGCCUGGAACAGGCAGCUGUAUCCAGAGUGGACAGAAGCCCAGAGACUUGACUGCUGGAGAGGUGGUCAAGUGUCUCUCAAGGUCAGUAAUGAUGGGCCUACACUGAUUGGUGCAAAUGCCUCCUUCUCUAUUGCCUUGAACUUCCCUGGAAGCCAAAAGGUAUUGCCAGAUGGGCAGGUUAUCUGGGUCAACAAUACCAUCAUCAAUGGGAGCCAGGUGUGGGGAGGACAGCCAGUGUAUCCCCAGGAAACUGACGAUGCCUGCAUCUUCCCUGAUGGUGGACCUUGCCCAUCUGGUCCUUGGUCUCAAAUGAGAAGCUUUGUUUAUGUCUGGAAGACCUGGGGCCAAUACUGGCAAGUUCUAGGGGGCCCAGUGUCUGGGCUGAGCAUUGGAACAGGCAGAGCAAUGCUGGGCACACACACCAUGGAAGUGACUGUCUACCAUCGCCGGGGAUCCCGGAGCUAUGUGCCUCUUGCUCAUUCCAGCUCGGCCUUCACCAUUACUGACCAGGUGCCUUUCUCCGUGAGCGUGUCCCAGCUGCGGGCCUUGGAUGGAGGGAACAAGCACUUCCUGAGAAAUCAGCCUCUGACUUUUGCCCUCCAGCUCCAUGACCCCAGUGGCUAUCUGGCUGAAGCUGACCUCUCCUACACCUGGGACUUUGGAGACAGUAGUGGAACGCUGAUCUCUCGGGCACUUGUGGUCACUCAUACUUAUCUGGAGCCUGGCCCAGUCACUGCCCAGGUGGUCCUGCAAGCUGCCAUUCCUCUUACCUCCUGUGGCUCCUCCCCAGUUCCAGGCACCACAGAUGGGCACAGGCCAACUGCAGAGGUCCCUGACACCACAGCUGGCCGAGUGCCUACUACAGAAGUCGCGGGUACUACACCUGGUCAGGUGCCAACUACACAGCCCUCUGGAACCACAUCUGUGCAGGUGCCAACCACUGAAGUCAUAAGCACUACACCUGUGCAGAUGCCAACUGCAGAGAGCACAGGUACGACACCUGAGAAGGUGCCAGUUUCAGAGGUCAUGGGUACCACACUGGCAGAGAUGUCAACUCCAGAGGCUAUAGGUAUGACACCUGCAGAGGUGUCAAUUGUAGUGCCUUCUGGAACCACAGCUGCACAGGUAACAACUACAGAGUGGGUGGAGACCACAGCUGGAGAGCUACCUACCCCUGAGCCUGAGGGUCCAGAUACCAGCUCAAUCAUGUCUACGGAAAGUAUUACAGGUUCCCUGGGCCCCCUGCUGGAUGGUACGGCUACCUUAAGGCUGGAGAAGAGACAAGUCCCCCUGGACUGUGUUCUGUAUCGAUAUGGUUCCUUUUCUGUCACCCUGGACAUCGUCCAGGGUAUUGAAAGUGCUGAGAUCCUGCAGGUUGUGCCAUCCAGUGAGGGAGAUGCAUUUGAGCUGACUGUGUCCUGCCAAGGCGGGCUGCCCACGGAAGCCUGCAUGGAGAUCUCAUCGCCAGGGUGCCAGCCCCCUGCCCAGCAGCUGUGCCAGCCUGUGCCACCCAGCCCAGCCUGCCAGCUAGUUCUGUACCAGAUACUGAAGGGUGGCUUGGGGACAUACUGCCUCAAUGUGUCUCUGGCUGAUGCCAACAGCCUGGCAGUGGUCAGCACCCAGCUUAUCAUGCCUGGUCAGGAAGCAGGCCUUGGGCAGGCUCCCCUGUUCGUGGGUAUCUUGCUGGUGUUGAUGGCUGUGGUCCUUGCAUCUCUGAUAUAUAGGCGCAGACUUAUGAAGCAAGCCUUCUCCAUUCCCCAGCUGCCACAUAGCAGCAGUCACUGGCUGCGUCUACCCCGCAUCUUCCGCUCUUGCCCCAUUGGUGAGAACAGCCCACUCCUCAGUGGGCAGGAGGUCUGAGUACUCUCAUAUGAUGCUGUGAUUUUCCUGGGUUGACAGAAACACCUAUAUUUCCCCCAGUCUUCCCUGGGAGACUACUAUUAACCGAAAUAAAUACUCAGAGCCUGA